AUGGCGCCUUCCGCUAUCGAGUUGGACAUUCCUCAACAAGACUACAUCAAACAGAAGACCCUGUUCGGAAGGGAACCUUUAAAAUCGUCUGGCUCUCUCGACCAGUUUAAAUCCAUUGAUCUCACUCCCGUUAUUGGUACGGAGUUCCCUGAAGCGAAUCUGGUCGAGUGGUUGAAUUCACCAAAAUCCGACGAGCUUCUCCGCGAUCUCGCAAUUAAAAUAUCUGAGCGCGGAGUCGUCUUCUUUCGGAAACAAGACAAUCUCACAAACGACAUACAGAAACAGCUCAUCCAGCGACUCGGUGAGCUGACCGGAAAGCCGGAGUCUUCGAAACUCCAUAUUCAUCCUAUCUUGAACUCUGAAAGAGAGCUGGGAGGCAGUGAUCCAGAGAUCAGCACUAUCAGUUCCGUCCAACAUGACAAACUCUAUAAAAAGACGCCAUACGAUCAGAGCAAGAAGAUCCAGGGCAGUGCGCAAUGGCAUAGCGACAUAGCAUUUGAGCCAGUCCCCGCGGAUUACACUUCUCUUCGACUCACCCAACUGCCUCGCACGGGUGGAGAUACUUUAUGGGCUUCGGGUUAUGAGAUUUAUGAUCGAAUCAGCGAGCCCUACCAGCAAUUCCUCGAAACAUUGACCGCUACAUUCGCUCAACCAGCGUUCAAUGAAGUUGCUGACAAAGGAGGCUUCCAGCUCUAUACCAAAGAAAGAGGGUCGCCGGAAAAUGUCGGGGGCGAACUGAAGGCCAUUCACCCUGUAGUUCGAACUAACCCGGUGACGGGAUGGAAGAGCAUUUUUCCUGUGGGUGGCCAUGUCCGCCACAUCAACGGAUUGACCGAGCAGGAGAGCAAGAACCUCCUCGACUGGUUUCUGGAUCUCGUGUACAAGAACCAUGAUCUUCAGGUCCGGUUCAAGUGGGAAAAUCCAAAUGACAUUGCUAUCUGGGACAACCGUAGCGUGUUCCACUCUGCGACCUAUGACUAUCGCGGUGAAGGAGACCGCUUUGGAAACAGGGCAGUUGGUCUGGGGGAGAAGCCUUACUUUGAUCCCCACAGUACAUCAAGAAGAGCGGCACUAGGGAAACUAGACACCAAUUAG